UCUCGCCAACCUCGAGCAUGGCGGACUACAACGCCCUCAAGACUCCGGAGGUCAAUGCAGGCAGCCCGAGGAGCAAGCCUCCGGUCCAGGAUGCUGCGCAGUCCCCUGCUGUCCAUGUUGUCCGCUUCUUCAUCGUGCUGGGCAUCGCUACCUUCAUCUUCGGCAACAUCGCCACCUGGGCGCCGCUAUACGAGCUGAACUUGGUGAACACCAUGAUGGAGUGGUGGAACGGCUACCCCGACAUGCCUGCCAUGAGUGAAGGCCACAGUCACUUGCUCUUGGAUACGGGUAUCGGACGCAACAUCACCGAGUCUGGCCACACCGAGAUGAUCCGUCCCACCUUUCUCUUUAUCUUUUGCAUCUUUCCAUUCAUCGUCAGCGUCUUGCUCAUUGAGUACCUGCGCCACAUCAACACGGCUCGGCGCUUGACCUCGACGUUAAUCUGGCGCUUCGCAAUGCUCAUGCGUCGUAAGCCCAAGUUCCCCGUUCUUGGGGUCUCCCGUUUCUCGGUUGGCGAAUGGAUCUUUGGUGUCGUCUACGUGCUCGGUGGCAACGCUCUGUGCUGGUGGUACGAGUGGGACCGUCGAGUUGACUCGGCAACUAAAGCUGGUACGCUCAACACCUCCAAGUACUGGAAUAUCAUCGGUAUCAGUUCCGCCUACCUGUGCAUCUACAACAUGGCGUUCCUACUGCUUCCUGUCACAAGAAACUCUGGCUGGAUGGAGUUCUUCAACAUCUCGUACGCUAACGGCGUCAAGUUCCACCGCUGGAUCGGAUUUAUGACCGUCAUUACGGCUGUGGUGCACAUGCUCGGCUACUGGGUCAACUGGGUCCGGUUGGGCACGUGGGAGGUCAACCAGCUCCCGUGCACGAGCUGCGACUUCACACAAGACAACUCAGGCGGAGGCUACUAUGCCUGGUUCAAUGUAUUUGGAUUCAUCUCCACUCUCGCUCUCGUGCUCUUGGUCCCAACUUCCUUCCCCAUCAUCCGUCGCAAGGCGUACGAGUGGUUCUACAUCACGCACUGGGUGCUGUUCGUCAUCGCUGUGCUUUUCGCGAUUUUGCACUGGGCUCAGAUCAUCUGGUGGAUUCUGCCCUCGGGUUGUGUGUGGUUCGUUAGCCGAGCUGCUUCAAGCUGGAAUGCCAUGACCCCCGUCGUCGUCAAGGAAUUCUCAGUCAUCGGUGGAGGCGACGACGAGUUGGUCAGGAUUGUUGUCAAGCGUGCCGCUCCCGGAACGUCUCCUUCGUCGUCGUCCUACGACUACAAGGUCGGCAACUUUCUGUAUCUGAACGUACCGAAGAUCUCGAAGCUCGAGUGGCACGCGCUGACCAUCGCGUCGUCCCCGAAGACGAGUCCCACGGACGUCGUUCUGCUGGUCAAGCCUCUUGGCGACUGGUCAAAGAACCUGGUACAGUAUGCAAAGGAUUGCAACCAUGACAACAUCACGCCACAGAUGUACGUGGAUGGCUUCUACGGCGCAUCGUUGGAGCUGUAUGAAGACUACUCUACCGUGUGCUUGAUUGGCGGUGGUAUCGGAGUGACUCCCGUGCUGGCCAUCCUGGACGACCUGGCUGCCAAACUAUCGGCCAACGGUGCCCGGUGGACCCAGCGUUUCGCAUUCAUAUUCGCGUUCCGUGAGCUCAGUGUGUUCCAGACUGUCGCGCCCGUGCUGGCUAAGCUUCGCGAAUUGGACCCGAACGAGCAACUCUUCCACACGCAUCUCUUUGCAACUGGCACCUACUCGGAGGUCGACCUUGCGCAGAAGCUGGAGACUUCGCCUGCAAAGGACAUUAUGGACACGGCAACGAACAAGUCCACUGGUCGAGCCGCUCGCCCUUUCUACGAGCCUUUGCGUUCGAGCAACACGAUGCGUUUCGUCAUGUACUUAGUGCUGUACGUGGUUGCUAUCGCUGUUGUGUUCGCUGUUCGAUGGGGAAAUGGUGUUAUUCAGGGAGCCAACCACUUCGAGCUGUGGCCGCUCGAGCGCGCCUUUGAGCUUGCAAUGUUCUGCCUUACGAUCAUCGUAGUGUACGCCUUCGUAUACUACGAGUACGUCAUGUUUCGCCGUAACGGCGCGACAACGGAACAGACGCCUGUGUUGGCUGAGACUCCACUAACGAACUUUGCUGCGUUUGGAGGCGACGUUCACUCGGUCGGUGACCUUAUUAACCACCUUAACGUUGUAGUGGGCGAGCGGCCGAACAUGCAAUCGCUGCUGCAACAGACGCUAGCAGUCCACAAAAUGGACGACAGCUCGUCGAGUUUGCUGCCUGCCGUUGGCGUUAUGGUGUCUGGUCCUCCGACGCUCAAGGCGGCGACAAAUGAGGCCGUGUACGCCCUCGGUGGCGGCAACUUCGACGUCCACGAGGAGGAGUUCGAGCUGUAA